AUGACGCGGACGCUUCAGCGCGGCGCACACGUCCACACGACCGGCACCAGACACAGUUCCUUUCUGGUCCUUCGUGCAACGUGUCGGCGGAGGCGUCUUCUGUCGGGCCCGCGAGUUUACUGCCCCCUUCUGCCGGGGACGGAGGAAACGAAAACGCGAUCCGUUAGACGUGGCGAACCGGUUUCUUCUCGUCGGACGAUCCGCGCAGCGAUUCGCGCGCCCCUGUACUCACUCAUUGACACUUACACACUCCCUCUCUCUCUCUCUCUCUCUCUCUCUCUCUCAUACAUUCAUUCUCACAAUAUUUUUUUCACGCUACAGGUGUAUUUUACUCUCUCUUUUUCGUUUUCACGUGCUCACUCAUUCUCUUUCGCUUACUCUCACACAUUCAUCAUAACAAGCACCCCUUCUCAAACACGCUUUUACACUCUCCUCUGCAUUCACACCCAUGCUAUCUAUCUAUCUAUCUAUCUAUCUAUCUAUUUCAGUCUCUUCAUUAUCUAUCAAUCUAUUCAUGUCUCUUCAGUAUCUAUUUAUCUAUCUAUCUAUCUUCGCUUGUAUCUUCAUUAUCUAUCUAUCUAUCUAUCUAUCUAUCUCAGUCUCUUCAUUAUCUAUCUAUCUCUAUAA